AUGAGUUUGUUUUGGAUAAUAGGAUUGUGGGUUAUAGCCUUAGUGGUUUUGAGGAUUGGACAUUGGUGGUACCGAUGGUCCAACCCUAAAACUAAUGGCAAGUUACCUCCGGGAUCAAUGGGUCUUCCCAUCAUCGGAGAGACAUUCGAUUUCUUUAAGCCUCAUGGAUUUUAUGAGAUCAACCCAUAUCUCAAGAAAAAGAUGUUGAGGUAUGGGCCUUUGUUUCGGAAGAACAUUCUUGGAGUAAAAACCAUUGUUUCGACGGAUAAGGAUGUUAACAUGGAGAUUUUACGACAAGAGAACAAGUCGUUCAUUUUAAGUUACCCGGAUGGUUUGGCGAAGCCAUUGGGAAAAGAUAGCUUGUUCUUCAAGAUAGGAAACAUCCACAAGCACAUGAAACAACUAACCCUUCGUCUAUUGUCCUCCGAGGGUUUGAAGAGGAAAAUAUUAAAAGAUAUGGACCGCGUAACACGAGAGCAUCUUCGUUCUAAUGCUAGCAAAGGAAGAUUCGACGUUAAGGAAGCAGUUUCAAGUUUGAUAAUAGCCCACUUGACACCAAAGAUGAUAAGUAAUCUCAAACCAGAGACUCAAGAAAAGCAUAUGGGAAAUUUCAAGGCCUUUAGUUUUGAUUGGUUUCUAACAUCCUAUAUCAUCUCUGCUGGGAGGGGUCUUUACAAUACUAUUUGGGCAUGUAAAGAAGUAAUCCAAGGGAUAAGGGAUAUCUACGCGAGGAGAAGAACAUCAAAUGAGAAGUACGAUGACUUCCUCAACACGGCAAUAGAGGAGUUAGAGAAAACAGGAGGAUUAGUGAACGAAGCUGCAAUUGUAGCCCUCAUCUUAACUCUUUCAUGUAUCACUCAAGAUACUACAUCUAAGGCCACUUGCUUGGCUGUGAAAUUCUUAUCGGAAAACCCUAAAGUUCUCGCAGAGUUAAAGAAAGAGCAUGAGGCAAUCCUUGAAAGCAGAGACGACAAAGAAAAUGGAGUUACUUGGGAAGAAUAUAGACACAAGAUGACUUUCACCAACAUGGUUAUCAAUGAGUCCCUUCGGAUAACGAAUCUGGCUCCUAUGAUGUUUAGAAAAGCGGUGAAAGAUGUCGAAAUCAAAGGAUACACGAUUCCAUCAGGUUGGAUAGUAAUGAUUAUACCUUCAGUGGUUCAUUUCGAUCCUGAAAUCUAUGAAAACCCUUUUGAGUUUAAUCCAUGGAGGUGGGAGGGGAAAGAGCUGCGGUCAGGGUCGAAAACUUUCAUGGUGUUUGGAACUGGAGUUAGGCAGUGCGCUGGUGCAGAGUUUGCUAGGCUUCAGAUUUCAAUUUUCCUUCAUCAUCUUGUCACCACUUACAACUUCUCGUUAUCCCAAGACUGUGAGGUUGUUCGUGUACCUGGUGCUCAUCUUCCCAAAGGCAUCUCUAUAAACAUCUCCAAGUGUGCCAAAUAA